AUGGAAAAAAUAACAGAGAACAUAAGAAAGGAACGACCACUUGAUGUAAAGAUAAACGAUUCUGAUGACAAGAGAGCAUGCCAUGUUCUGUCAAGAGGAAAUCAAGAUAGCCCGGAAGAUCAAGGGAGAAUCCCUCCUAUCGCACCUGGCAACCGGAAACACGUACGAUUUUUGAAACACAUUUGGGUGUAUGAUGUGGAAGAUAAAUGGUACUAUGACAGAUCUCGUGUAGAAUAUGAUGAAUCUUCGCGUGGGUGCGUUAUUGACUGGCAAUGUCCAGUAACCAGGAAGAACACCAACCACAACCGAAGCAUUACCGAAUUUCAGAGGGGAAGUUUAGAACGGCACAUCUUGGUGAAUUACGAAGUCACCUCCGAACAGGCAGUCAAGGCUGCAGCGAAUCAUAAUAUUGUGAAGACGAACACGAGUUUGACAGUGAAAAAUUUGCCAUUGACCUUAACACUAGUUGAUAUUAUGCGAAUUUUCUCGAAAGGUGGAGAGGAAAUUAAUCAAAUCAAAAUAUAUCACACCGAAGAAGGCGUAAAAACGGGCAUAAUCGAGUUACUCGUUCCAACCUUAGGCAUAGCCCAUGACAUCAGAAACGAAUUUGACGGCAAAAUGCUUUACGAUCAUACCAUAAGUGUCACAUUAAUAAGCAAUCAGCGCCAAAAUAAUGUAAUCGACGGUAAAAAAAGAAGGACGGACGCCGAUGACCUAGAUGGUCAAAUUUCGAAGCCUUGCGCCGUCGCCGAGGAGAAAAAUAUUAAGAGACCGAUAUGGAGUGUGAUCGAUAAGAAAAAUUUUCGUGUUGCCAAAAGGCUAUACAUCAAGGUUAAAAAAUGGUUAUGCCGAAACGGUAUAAAAACAGGUUUGAAAGUGCUUGAGCUUACCAAAAUCAUCAAAGUUUGUGGUCAAUCGAUCUUAUUGGCCGUUUAA